GUGGAUCUUGCGGGUUUGGGGUGUGUUUGGGGGGGAAACCCAAGAAGGUACCCCCUGGGGAGCCUUCCGUGUAUAAAAGGGUUUAUCUUCCCAAGGCUCUUCAUCGCAGAAGACAGUCGAGUGCAUCUCCCCCAGGGAUGUCCCACCCCUAGGCAAAGGAAACCCCAACUUUUCUUCCGCUCCCUAGAGACGGCACCAGACUGGCUCUGAGACACAAGCCUGGUCCUCUUGGGCCUGCAGGGACGGGAGCCCCUCUUCCCUUACACCAAGCCUGUCUCCUCCUCUUCCAGGAUUUGCUACUGUCUCUGCUGUUUCCUCCUCCCCAGAGGGGCCCUCUCCCCUCUCCCAUCUCAAGAUGGCAGCCAGCAGUUCUGAGGUGUCUGAGAUAAAUGGGUUGCAGGAGAGUCCCAAGACCCAGGGUGAAGGACCUGGCCCUUCUCAAGCUGGAACUGGCCCUCUCCAGGUCCACGCAGAGGUCCUAGACCAGCCAGAAGCCCCGCAGCCAAGCUCAGGCACCACUCCAGCCCCUGUGGAGUCAGGGUCUUCCAAGACUGGGUUGGCCCCUGAGACCCCAGAGACCCCAGCUGGGGCCCCAGAAACAGCCCCCGCCACAGACCUCAGCUUAAACCCAGGAGGAGAAUCAAAGGCCAGCUCCAGCCCUGAAGAAGUAUGCCAAGAACCAGCAUCCAAACCAGAGGCAAACAAAGAGGCUACUGCCAAAGCAGACCAGGGAUCUCCUGAGCCAACCUCAGAGCCCGCUCCCCAGUCAGACCCUCAGCCCGCUCCCCAGCCCACCUCCAAAUCAGUGCUCCAGCCAGCACCCCCUCCUCAGGAGGACCCCACCCCUGAGGUCCAGACAGACAGUAUAGGGGAAAAGCAGGAGAAUGGAGCAGUGGUCCCGCUGCAGGCUGGGGAUGGGGAAGAGGGUCCAGCCCCCCAGCCUCACUCACCACCCUCCACCAAAGCCCCCCCAGCCAAUGGAGCUCCCCCUCGAGUGCUACAGCAGCUGGUUGAGGAGGACCGAAUAGGAAGGGCCCACAGUGGGCACCCAGGAUCUCCCCGAGGGAGCCUGAGCCGCCACCCCAGCUCACAGUUGGCAGGGUCUGGGGUGGAAGGGGGCGAAGGCACCCAGAAACCUCGGGACUACAUCAUUCUUGCCAUCCUGUCUUGCUUCUGCCCCAUGUGGCCUGUCAACAUCGUGGCCUUCGCUUAUGCCGUCAUGUCCCGGAACAGCCUGCAGCAGGGGGACGUGGAUGGGGCCCAGCGUCUGGGCCGUGUGGCCAAACUCUUAAGCAUCGUGGCGCUGGUAGGGGGGGUCCUCAUCAUCAUUGCCUCCUGCGUCAUCAACUUAGGCGCUUUGACUAGCGCGGAGCCCUCUCGCGCUCUUUCUCUGCGCCUGCGUACUGUGACCCUGCGCAGCCUGGGAGGCGGGUCUUAGCGCCAGGUGUGUACGGCGGCUGAGU